AUGCACAUGGGUCAUUUCUUUCUUUCUUUUAUGAUCACCCUGACUGUAGCACUUCAGCUCACUGGUGCAAGUUUUGAUGAUGUAAGAGUUUAUAUUAUCGACCAGCUUCCGAAGUACCCUCGAUUAUUGUAUUUCCGUUGUCAAGAUAAACAUCACGAUCUUGGAAUGCAAGCGCUUUUGUUUCAUCAAGUUUUCAGCUGGCACUUCAAGACUGACUUUUUCGGAAGGACUCUUUAUUUCUGUCAUUUCUAUUGGGGUUCCAGUAACAAGAUCUUUGAUGUUUUCAGUCUCGAUAUAGAGUACUACCAUUGUAUGAAUGGGGAUGUUCAUAUUCAUUGCUACUGGGCUGUAAGAUCUGACGGUUUCUAUAUCAGCAAUGACAGCAAGACUUGGGUGAAAAUGCAUACAUGGGUUUGA